AUGAAAGCCAUAGCACUUUUGCUGCUGGUGGCCGGCUGUUUGGCCUCGGUGGCCCUGUCCGCACGGACCGUGUCCAAGUACAUUACGGCGCAGGACCAGGACCGGUACGGGAAGAUUUUCGCCGAGGGGCUGAAAUCGACCGACCUGCAGGCGGUUUACUUUUCCACGGCCAGCGGAGGAUUGUCCGCGGCGGAUAAGACGGUGGAGGCGUGCAAGCGGCUGGUGACCGUUUACGGCGAGUCAAAGCUGAACGACUUUGAGCGGAACUUUUAUUUGGCGGGGGCGUGGAAGAAUCUGGCCUGCAAGGAGGCGAUCGCGGGUAAGGUGAAGGACGCGGUUAAGGGUUCGCUGGGGAAGGACGCCGGGUCGGCGCAGGAGAUUUACUUUAAUCUGUUUGCGGCCAAGGCGCUUGGGCUGGCGAUUGAUGACGCGGUUAAGACGCAGGUCGGGAAGAAUCUGCAGGCGUUGCUGAAGAAGGACGAUACGCUGAACAGCUUGGGGCAUGGAUUUGCGGUUGCCGCGGAGAUUGGAGCUUCCGGAGCGUUCGCGUUUGACCGGGUUGAGGAGGCUUUCGUGCAGGCCGAUGAGGUCGAUGGGAAGAUGCUGCAAUUUGAGGGCGGUUUGAGCAUUACGGCUUUGGUUGUGAACAGCGCAUUUAAACUGGCGUCGAGUUUGAAGAAGCCGGUUCCGAUCAACGCUGAGCAGGCGGUCAAGUUUGCCACCUAUUUCCUGUCGCGCACGUCGGUUCAAACCCCGAAAGGAGUCAGCAUCUUGCUGGAAGCGUUGAACACUUUGACCGCGGAAAAGACGAUCGCUCCCGUGUGCAUUGCGUUGUCUGGAAAUGGCCAGCUGCAGCCGGAAUCGCCGGUUCUUGGCGUUAAGAUUAGCGACCUGCUCGGUAAGCCUUUAAGCCCUGCUCUGGCCGUCGUCAGCACCACGAUCACAUCCAAGACCACCAACGAAGCACUCGCCAGCAAGGUCAACCUGGUUCCGACAAAUUCCGACCCGACCGUGUUCAUCUACAACCUGAAGGCCCUCAACCCGGCUCGCGGUCAGUACAAGGUCGACAUCGAAACCGGCAGCUACAAGCAGAACCUGAAAAUCAACGUCCUCGGUAAGGUGAAGGUCGCUUCGUUGGAGAUUGGCGUCGGCGAUUCGGACAGCACGUCGGCCGUCAAGAAACACUCGGUGACCUUUUCGAAGAAACUCGACACGGAACUGGCCGCGGACUCGCAGCAAAAGAUCGUCCUCCGCACGCAGCUCGUCGACGAAUCCAGCGGAAAGCCCCUGAACGUGCACCAGGCGUUUGUCCUGCUCCGGAACAAGGCCACCGGCCAGGAGAUUAUCUUCGUCGCCGAAGCGGACUCCUCCAAGGCGUACAAAUUCGAGAUGGACGUCGGCGCACGCAGCGCUGACUUUGGCUACAAGAGCGGCACCUACUCAAUCGAACUGAUCGUCGGCGACGCCCUCAUUUCCAACUCCUUCAAGUGGCUCGUCGCCGAUGUCAACAUCAAGUUCGCCAGCGAUUCCCCGAAAGAAUCCGACAACACCGCCCGCAAACCCCGCCCGGAAAUCAUCCACCAGUUCCGCGUCCCGGAAAAGCGCCCGCCGCGCGUCGUGUCCGAUCUCUUCACCGGGCUCUGCAUCGCCCCGCUCGCCCUGCUCUUCAUCCUGUGGGCCAAACUGCGCACCAACGUCAGCAACUUCCCGUUCUCCCUUAGCGCCGUCGGAUUCCACCUCGGUCUCGGUGCCAUCCUGGCCCUGUUUGGUGUGUUCUGGCUCAAGCUGAACAUGUUCGAAACGCUGCGCUACCUCAUCCCCCUCGCCCUUGUCACCUUCUUCUGCGGGAACCGGCUACUGCGGUCCAUCGCCGGACGAGCCACGGAGAAGUAAGCGGGAUCUCAGCAGUUUUUAAGCACAGAAUAACAACAUUCCCUCGAGCAGCGGACACAAAAGAGAGGGAGGGAAGAGUUCGUUCACCAAAUAGCGUCGAAUGGCAGGAGGAUUUGUGCGGAAGCAAAAAUAAUGUCCAAUAUUUUCAGUUUUAGUGGAAAUAAAGUCUGAUGAUAAGCAGAGCAAAGAAGAAGAAGAAGAAGAUUGUGCGCUGACAAAAUGCGACAUUUUACGUGACAAUGUGCGAAUAGUUUGAGUGAAAUAAAAAUUCAACGAAUAAAAAAAGAAAAAAGUAA